AUGAAGACGAACUACCGCACGGCCGGCAAGGGCCGCACCAAUCAGGUCAUCUGCGUGCGCUCCCAUGCCGCCCGCUUCUUCCUCUCCCACGAGAUCGAGAGAAUCUUUGGAUUCCCGCCCGAAUACACCAAGAUCCCCGCCGCCCGGUUCGCUGCUGUCAAGGCGGGGAGGAGAGGGUGGGGAGGGGGGAAAGCAGGGACGGGGAAAGGGCGAGAAAUUGGUACCAUGAAUUGGAAGGCAGUAUUUGAUGGGGUGAGGGAGGUGAGAGAGGAGGAGGGAGAGGAAGCGGAGGUGAGGGAGGUUAAGGAAAAGAGGAAGGUGAGGGGGGUUAGGGAGUUGAGGGGGUUGAGGGAGGUGAGUGAAAUGGAGGAGGUGAGAGGGAUGAGGAAGAUUGGUGCAUGCAUCGCUGGGGAAGGCGAGGGAGGUGCUGAGGGGUUUGAUGUGGUGGAAAGAGAUGGUGGGAAGUGGGUGUUAGGCAUUGAGGCAAAGGCGCGUGGCGGAAAGGGAAGAGGCAAGGGCGGAGAGGGUGGAAGGGGGGUGAUGGGGAAGAGGAAUGGAGGGGCAAGGGUGGAGAGACGUGGAGGGAAGAGGAGGAGGGUGCAGGAGGAGCGAGAUGGAGGAGGGUUGCGAGGGAGUGAGGUUCGGUGUGGUGCGGUGACAAGCGAUGCCUAUGAGGGUGCUGACGGUGAUGAGGUGAAGAGUGGUGGUAUUGGGGUACGGAAGCAUGAUAAUGCGGUGGAGAACGGUGGUGUGGUUUCCCCUUCCUUAUCUCACCUCUCUUCGCCUCUCCUCUCCUCUCUUCCUCUCUCCUCUCCUCUCUCCUCUCCUCUUUCCUCCCUCCCUCCCUUCCUCCCUCCCUCGCUCCCUCCUCCACUGUAUCACCUCAACACCAGGAGGAGGGGCGUGCAGCAGUGGGCCCAGGAGACACGGCGCAGGCGGAGCGGGGGUGGUGAGAGGGCGAGUGGGAGGGAGAAGGAGGAACAGGCGAGUGCAGGGCAGGAGAGAGGGCAGGAGGAGCUGCAGGAGAGGGACCGAUGGGGCCUGCUGGGGAACUCCUUUCCAGUGGCCGUGAUAUCGUACCUGCUCACACCGCUGCUCUCCCCGUCGCUGCGCCACUCCGCUCCCCCCUGUGCGCUGCCUGCCUGUGUGCCGCCCCAUGUCACCCGCGCCAAGUGUGCCCUCAUGGUCCCUGGGGAGGAGACUCACACCGCCACCAGCCUCACUGUCUUCAGCCACAGGGUGCGGAGGGUGCGCAGGGUAGCGGGCGGGCCAGGCAGGAGUGUGCAUGCGGUGUAUCCGCAGCCAGGCACUGUGUGGGCACUCAAGUGGCCCUUCAAACGCGACUUCUCCCUCGUUCCGUUCUUUGCUUCUGCGAGCACACGACUGCCUUGUGCAUGCUAA